AUGGCUGAAUACAGCAGACCAACAGAAAGGUCACAAGCCAUUUUUAAUGGAGUCGGAAUCCAAAACUCUGGGAAUAUCUCAGUGGGGAGGGACCUGGUUAUCGGACCAAAUGAUUCGGAAUUCGACGCGGAUAGGUGCUGCUUGAACGAUCUCCGAGUCACAGACCCCCGCCAUGAUAAGCAGCGGAUCGAAAGUGUCAAAGGAGGACUGCUGGCAGAUGCUUACACUUGGAUCCUUCGCAACACAGAAUUCAAAGAAUGGCACGGCAAAUGCAACAACUAUAACUACAAUGAUAGACUGCUCUGGAUUAAGGGUGACCCAGGAAAAGGCAAGACCAUGCUGCUCUGCGGUAUCAUUGAUGAGCUAAACAAGCCAACUGGAGAUGUCAAAUUCGAUAACUUCGCCUUUUUCUUCUGCCAGGCCACCGAUGAGCGCUUGAACAAUGCCACCGCUGUCCUGCGUGGCCUCAUUUUCCUCCUUGUAAGCAAGCAACCAGCGCUUCUCUCACAUGUGCGCAAGAAGUAUGAUAGUGCUGGUAGAAAUUCAGGGCUAUUCCAAGAUAGCAAUGCUUUUUUUGCCUUAUCCGAAAUCUUCACCGAUAUCAUGCAGGACCCGGCCCUGAAGAGCACUUGCUUGAUCAUUGAUGCGCUCGAUGAGUGUGUCGUAGACUUGCCUUGGCUUCUCAAACUGAUUGUUGAAAAAUUAUCUGUCUCCACAACUGCAAAUUCACGCCUCCGGUGGAUCGUCUCCAGCCGCAAUUGGUGGAACAUCGAGAAGGUUCUCAACACCGCAGCGCAGGGCAUCAACUUGAGCCUCGAGCUCAAUGCGGAUUCCAUCUCCACAGCGGUUACCGCAUACAUCCAGCACAAAGUCGACAAGCUAGGUUACCGUAGCAAGUUGCGGGAUACUGUCAGUCAGUAUUUGUUGGCAAAUGCGCAAAGUACUUUCCUCUGGGUGGCCUUAGUCUGUCAAGAACUUCAAAAUGUCCCUCAAUUGAGGGUUCAAAAGAAGCUGCAGGAAUUCCCCCCUGGACUUGAUAUGCUAUACCGUCGAAUGGUAGAACAAAUUUACAACUCCGGCGAUGCUAAGUCCUGCGAGAGUGUAGUAGCCGUUAUGUUGGUUGUGCGUAGGCCGAUUACGCUAGAAGAACUCACAACCCUUGUUGACAUUCCCGAUCUCGAAUCUGAUGAUGAUUUGAAUUCUGAGUCGCUCAGGGAAAUAGUACAACUCUGUGGCUCUUUUCUUACCGUUCGAGAUGGCGUUAUCUCUUUCGUUCACCAAUCAGCGAAGGACUACCUUGUUAAAAAUGAAAGCCUUCAGAUGUUUCCAGAUGGCCGUGUAGAAAAGCAAGAGCAGCUGAUGGUACUACGGUUAAUUUGUGCUAUGGAAAAAACGUUGACAAAAAAUAUUUAUGGUUUAGAGACGUUAGAUUUCGAUAUUUUGAAGGAUAAAACGGAACCUCCUAAUCCAGAUCCGCUAGCGUCAUUGCGAUACGCUUGUCUCCAUUGGAUUGAUCAUGUUUGUGGGACGGAAGACAGUUGGCGCGGGGACUUUCUAUCCAAUAACGGCCGUGUCCUUGGUUUUCUCAGAAAACACUUACUUCACUGGCUAGAGGCUUUAAGCCUUUUAAAAGCUGUCACGUCCGGUGUACAAGCAAUAGCCAAGCUCAACCUGUUUCUCCCAAAGGUCGUUCCUGCUCAAUCACAAACUUCCCGUCUAGUAUACGACGCGAAUCGAUUUGUAUUGCACAAUAAAGAAAUAGUGGAGAGAUUCCCUCGGCAGAUAUAUGUAUCGGCUCUCUUGUUUAGUCCCGUCAAGAGUUUAACGCGAAAACUUUUCGAGGCCGAAAACCUAGAUUGGGUCACCAUAAAACCGGCUGUAGAAACAGACUGGGGUGCCUGCCUACAAACAUUCCACGGCCAUGACAGUGAGAUCGCAUCAGUCACUAUUUCCAGUAAUGGUAUGUGCAUAGCAUCAGGCUCGCUUGAUGGAACGAUCAAAAUCUGGGAUGUCAACGGGAAUUGUCUGAAUACCUUCGGUGGUAAUAAUUGUCCGAUCAGAUCGGUCGCUAUUUCGGACAACGGACAUAUUGCAUCAGGUUCGGAUCAUGAAACAAUUAAGAUCUGGGAUUUUAAUGGCAAUCUUCUCAAGACUCUCCAUGGCGAUGAAAGCGAGGUCAUCUCAGUCGCCUUUUCGAACAACGGAUGCAUUAUAUCAGGCUCAGAUGAUGGAACAAUUAAGAUCUGGGAUUUUAAUGGCAAUCUUCUCAAGACUCUCCAUGGCCAUGAAAGCGAGGUCGCCUCAGUCGCCUUUUCGAACGACGGACGUAUAGCAUCAAGCUUAUGGGGUGGAACAAUCAAGAUUUGGGAUUUUAAUGGCAAUCUUCUCAAGACUCUCCAUUGCCAUGAAAGCGGGGUCGCCUCAGUCGCCUUUUCGAACGACGGACAUAUAGCAUCAGUCUCACGUGAUGAAACAAUCAAGAUUUGGGAUUCCAGUGGCAAUUGUAUCAAUACCCUUAUCGGCCAUUAUGAUUCCAUCACGUCAGUGGUCUUUUCGAAGGAUUGCACACGUAUAAUCUCAGGUUCACGUGACGGGAAUAUUAAAAUAUGGGACAUUACCGGUAACAGUUGCAACAAUAACCCCCAUCAUCAUCAUGAUAGAGUCGGGGUAGUUGGCCUUUCGAAGAGCGGCACGCAGAUAGCAUCAGGCUCGUUUGAUGACACAAUUAAGAUAUGGGAUCUCGACGGUAAUUGUAUUAGUACCCUACGCCAUGGAGGUCUAGCCAAUUUGAUAACCUUUUCAAAUAACGGCGCCCGUAUGGUAUCAAGCUCAUUUUAUCGCGGUAUGAAAGUUUGGGAUAUUAAUAAUAAUAUUUGUCUCAGUACCUUCCGACAUGAAUCCUGGAUCACCUCGGUAACCUUCUCGAACAAUGAUACACUUCUAGCGGUAGGAUCAGAUGAUGGAUCAAUCAAGAUCUUAAAUAUCAAUGGUGAUUGUCUCAAUAUUCUCCAUAACGAUAGAGGCGAGAUUCAGUCGGUCGCCUUUUCGAAGGACGAGAGGUUUAUAGCAUCGAUUUCACGGGAGGGAACGAUCCAGAUCUGGAAGAUUAAGGAUAAAUUUGCCUCGGAAAUACAAUUCGAGGGUCGAUUAACUGGUGGCAGUCAUAAAUUAACUAUAUUAGCCUUCGAUAAUACAAAGUGGCUGGGUGGGAGACUAAUAAAUUGGCAUCUUUUGACGGAUACGGUCGAUAUUUCUAUGGAUAUGGGUUUAAGUUUUUCACCCGUUACUAUAGCGAGCCCACAGAGCUUAGGUGUUAGUAGCAGUGGAGAAUGGGUUACUUUAGGUGGUCGUCAUGUCGUUUGGCUACCAUUGGAGUACCAAGCAACUUGUUUUGUCACCAGAGGAAACGCCAUUGCCUUUGGCUGCGCUUCAGGGAGGCCGAAUCAACUUGGCGGUUUUAUUGACACUGAAAUUGCUCAAGCAGUAUCUUAG